AUGCAGGUCUCCACUGCUGCCCUUGCUGUCCUCCUCUGCACCAUGGCUCUCUGCAACCAGUUCUCUGCAUCACUUGCUGCUGACACGCCGACCGCCUGCUGCUUCAGCUACAUCUCCCGGCAGAUUCCACAGAAUUUCAUAGCGGACUACUUUGAGACGAGCAGCCAGUGCUCCAAGCCCAGUGUCAUCUUCCUAACCAAGAGAGGCCGGCAGGUCUGUGCUGACCCCAGUGAGGAGUGGGUCCAGAAAUAUGUCAGCGACCUGGAGCUGAGUGCCUGA